AUGGACUAUCCCGACUUUACUUACCCGGAGCACGGGAUUUCUCCCGAGGAGUACGCCUAUCCGGCUGUCAACCAGACAAUGCACUACCCAUGGCAGGGCGAUCAGCCCCCGGCUCAGGCAGAGUCCUCCAUCGACCACUUACUGGAUCCUCGUCUAUACAGAGGCUUGUUUACCGGUGGUUCCACACAACCAGCAGACGAUCAACUCGACGACGAGGAUGUAGGCAAUUAUCCCGAAGUGGAUGCCUCUUCGGACUCUCUUUACUCCUUAUCCUCAGAGGAAGAGACUGAUGAGGAAGAAUAUGAAGCCCCGCCAGAGGAAGGAGACGAUAACGAUUCGCUCGCGCACCGUCGUCGUCGCCGCCGCAAGGGAGGCCCCUUCAGUGGCCGCUAUGGAGCCCGAGGCAUGAAAGGUGUCAAACGAGGCCCUCGCAAGCCAUUGGAACCAAGCCCGGAAUUCAAGAUCCUGCACUCCGAGGCCACCUCGGCCUUUAUUGAUGGUGACUAUGACCGUGCCAUUGUAAAGGUGAAGCAAGCCAUUCAGAUCAACCCGGAAAUGUUUGCCGCGCAUUCACUUCUCUCCGAAAUCUUCUUGGCUCAAGGUGAGCCCGACAAAGCGCUGACGGCGUUGUUCAACGGUGCACACACGCGACCAAAGGACCCGGGAGUAUGGACCAAAGUAGCCAGAAUGAUCCUAGACCGCAGCGGGGAGGAUCGCACAAGCGCCCUCAACGACGUUGUCUAUUGUUACAGUCGAGUGCUCGAUAUCCAGCCACAAAACUACAAUGUCAGAUUUCAGCGAGCUGCCAUCUACAGGGAGCUCAACCACAAUGGAAAAGCUACGACCGAAUACGAACGUAUUUUGCGAGAGCGGCCAAACGACGCGAGAGCACUGCGACACCUCGCAGAGACAUUAAUUGAUACCCAGGAGGCCCAUAAGGCGGUGGAUAUAUGGUCGAGAAGUGUUGAUUAUAUCCUGACUUACGAGCCACAGGAUGUUCCCGAUUUCUCCUGGUCGGACAUCAACAUUUAUGCUGAAUUGCACAGCCUUGUGGGCCGUCCGUUCGAGGGAUUGAAGGCCACCAAGACCCUCUCUAGAUGGCUGCUAGGCCGGAAUCAUGACACAAUGUGGAAAGAUUUCCACGAUGACGACCGCGAAUGGGACGCGGAUGAUUCUCCUCGACGAAUUAAGACGGAUGGAUACAUCCCGCGACGAUGGCAUCGCGAUUCGUAUGGAUUGGGGCUGCCGCUGGAACUCCGGAUAAAGCUCGGUCUUUUCCGACUCAAAAUGGGAUACGACCACAAAGAUGAGGCGUUACAACACUUCGAAUGGCUGGAACCAGAUGACACCUCGGAGGACGCUCGACUAUACGACUACGGUGAUUUGUUCCGCGAGGUUGCCGAUGCUCUCAAGGAAGUUGGGUUGCUCCAAGAGGCGCUGAGAUUCUAUACACCGUUGCAACAGACAAAUGAGUAUGCAGACGCCAGCUUCUUCAUGGCGGUCGGUGAUUGCUACCGGCUACUGGGCAAGCUUGAAGAUGCAGAAAACUGCUAUCUCACAGUGGCAGAGUAUGACGCGCAACACAUUGACUCCAGGGUCCAGCUUGCACGACUGUAUGAAGAGAUCGGAAUGAACGAGCAGGCUUUAAAGUUUGUCAAUGAAGCAGUUCUUCUUGGAAGGCAGGAAACUCGGAGCCAUAGACGACGGAAAGACACGAGACUGGAGCAGCUAGCGAUGGAGUUUCGCCUAGCGGAGGCAGGUGUCGCCCCGGUCGUGCCAGAAUCUCCCUCUCCUGAAAUGCCGCCGGCCGCCGUUCUCACCACCCCGGCCGCACCAGUUGUGAGCAGAAAGCAGGCCGAGCCCGAUGAAGGGCAGAGGAGAAGUAACGUGCACUUCCUGUACGGCAAGCUGCUCCAGUUGCAUGAAGCAGUGAAAGGUGGAAAUGACGAAGCCAUGGAAGAUUGGCUGGACAUCGCCGAUGCGCUUUUACGCGAGUUCCGCUCCAACCGAAUCUUCUAUCCGCUCCAACGCCACAUGACCUUCUUAGGGUAUUCGCGAGAGGCACAGAGGAAGAAGGGCAAGGGCCGGACCCUCAUCGAGGAGAUGGAAGAAAUGGCAGCUCGUCUUCAUGAGUCGCUAGGAAACAUCACGGAAGAGCCCCUGCAGGGUACUAUUCCUACUGAUUACCAUGGGAUCAGCUUCGAGGCGUGGCUUGAUCUAUUUCUCCAGUAUGCCCUCUAUGUGGCGGCACAAGAUGAGUCUGACGAAGCGUAUGACACGCUUGCAGCCGCCGCAGAUGCGAGCGUCUGGUACCAUUCCAAGCCCAGUACCCGCAUGAUCCAUGUCUGUUGGUUUACUUGCGCACUUCGCAUGCAGGAUGAAGAAACCCUCACGAACGAGGCGCGUUGGUUCAUCAAAGAAUACCAAUUCGUGACAGACACCUAUCGCCUGUUUGCCAUGCUAAGCCGUCUCAUCGGCGACCCCCAGCGGUCCCUCUUCCAUUCCUCUCCAAAUAUGAAGUUCAUGCUGCGUCAAAUCAAGGCGAUGGACUUCACCCUUCCCGAAAGCAACGCGGGAGCCCGACCGAACAGGCCGCGAGAGUCGAUCUACCAGGAGCGCGCCUCUUUGUCGACCCGUGACGAGAUCACAGGAGAAGCCAUCUCCGCCGAGGAAAUGGAUAUUGCUCUGAUAGUAUUGUACGGGCAUAUUUUGUACUCGGGUAACAGUUUCUAUCCGGCUCUGAACUAUUUCUUUCGCGCCUACGCGCUGGAUGACCAGAAUCCCGUGGUCCUGCUGUCAAUCGCCCUCUGUUACAUCCACCAGUCCUUGAAACGGCAAUCCGAGAACCGACACUACCUCAUCAUGCAGGGACUAUCUUUUAUGCAGGAGUACCGACGUGUCCGCGAACGUCCGGGAACCUUGCUAUCCGAGCGCCAGGAGAUGGAAUUCAAUUUUGCCCGCGUCUGGCACACGCUUGGGCUCGCGCAUCUAGCGGCCGAAGGGUACCAGCGCGUGCUCGACAUAAGCACGCAGAUUCAAGCGCAGUCCAAACCUGCUUCGCGACAGAGCACGGGGUUGAUAGACGGCAGCGGUGUUGUCAUGGCCGAUGCUAGCGCGGGAGUCGAUGAACCGGCUCCAUUUGUGGAGGACUUUUCGCGGGAAGCCGCGGUGGCAUUGCAGAGCAUUUACGCUCUUGGCGGCGAUAUCCGAUCUGCGCAGCAGGUCACUGCCCAAUGGUUGGUUAUUUAGGAUGACGGAUCGGAGGCGGGGCUCCAUGCAUCGUGUCUGUGGAAUUUCAUGAAGUCAUGUUCAAUCUAAAACACAACUUGGAGCAAGCAAGGCUUUCUGACACGAUGAAAAAGGGGGACCUACGCUCUGCUUGGCAUGCACCUCUGGGCGAUCUUAUAGAUGAUAUGCUAUCUCCCCACCCGACAACUGUCAAACAGGGUAGUCGAGGAUAAGGUUUUGAUUAUCUCAGUCGGAUAACGUCGUCCGUAGUGAGUUCC